AUGAAUCCCCCGGAGUUUCAUGGGUCAAAGGUUGAGGAAGAUCCUCAAGAGUUUAUUGAUGAAGUGUAUAAGGAGUUGGUGAUCAUGGGAGUGGCGCUAGUGGAAAAGGAGGAAUUGGCCGUUUACCAACUUAAGGGUGUUGCUCAAAUCGAAGAGGAGAAAGUUAAGGAAAGGUCUAGGGAGGCAAAGAGGGCAAAAUCCGGUGAUGGUAAUUUCUCUCAUGCAAGGUUUGAUGGAAAUAAGUUUCGACAAAGUUUUUUCGGCCAAGAUUCCUCCAAUGCUCCUUCUAAGUUCAAAAAUAGAGUGUCUUACCCUAAGCCUCAAGGAGGGAAUGGUAGUGGAUCAUCAUUGCCUAUGUCUACAUGUGUUAGGUAUGGGAAGAAGCACGAGGGUAAGUGUCUCACCGGCACGGAUGCUUGCUUCGGUUGUGGUAAAAGUGGUCACAAGAUGUGGGACUGCCCAAUGCUUACGGCUAAAGGAAGAGAGGGUAAGCAAGCUCUUCCCAUUGGUUCGAGUUCCAUUGCUCCCAAGCAUAAUCGGUUAUAUGCACUCCAAACUCGUGGUGAACAAGAGGAACUCGUGUAG